GGCGGGAAACAGAGGCGCGAAUUUCUAACCAGCGAAGACUUACUUAUUUUGCUCAGUUCCUAAAGUUAAUCCUUUAUUCUUCAAGUUCCUGCAUUAUCUUUAAAUUCAAAACAAAAUGUUUUACUACCCCAAUGUGCUCCAGCGUCAUUCUGGAUGUUUUUCCACCAUUUGGUUAGCAGCAACUAAAGGCAUCAGGGUGACCCGUAGAGAGCUCCUGAGAGUCAAUGUGAAGCGGACCUGCGGGGAGAUUUUGGACUAUGUGACCGCACAGGUUCCUCCACCGCAGCCCAGCCUGCCCAGGCCUCGGUUCUCUCUCUACCUGUCCUCCCAGCUGCAGUAUGGAGUGGUUGUAGUCUACCACAGGCAGUGUGGCUUCCUGCUGGAGGAGGCUCAACAAACCAUAGACCGCCUGCUGCGCAGUAAAAGAUGCAUGCCUAUAGACAUGGCUGAAUCUGGCAGGAAUGCCUUGGACAUGCCUACGAUCCUGUACAUGAUGGAGGAGGCAGAGGGAGCACAGGAUCCCUUCUUUGGUGUCAUGGAGUCUGAUCUACUCCCCAGCCCAUAUAAAUUACUGCAGACAGGGUCUAUGAUUGAACAGCGCUCCCUGGUGCCCAGUCCCCACACCACACAAGACAAAGACGGUUUCAGGUCACCUCCAGCUGCCAUCACUCUAACUGAGAAGGAGCUCUUCACCAUCACCACUGCUGAGUAUUUUGAGGGGCCUGACCUUCCUGAAGCCACAGUCAGAGAGAUUGACUUGCUGAUGGACCAAGCAGACCACUUCGCUAAAGCAGAUGCAGAGGAGCAGACAGAGGAGAGGAGCGGGGACGGAGCCAUGUCUUCUGCUCACCAGCUGAAGGAGACGGCGUUGGGGGCAGACCAGGACGAUGUGUGGCUGCUGGACGAGGAGUCGGGUCAGCCUGUGGCGGUUCCUUUGGCAACCAUUGCCCUAGAGAUGACCCCUGUACAAGUUGCCAUGCCAACUCCACCCUCUGGGGCAUCUGGGAAAGGGGGAGACGGAACAGGAGGAAGUCCCCGUGAAGAGGCGGUCGUUCCUCCUCUGAGGAAACGUGGUGGAAGACGCCGGCGUCAGCUGGUCUUCGCAGACCCUCAGGUCCAGAUAUCCGAGAGAGCAAUGGAGGAGCAGAUCGGGAACCCGAGGAUCGAGACACGCAGCCUGUCAGAGGUGCUGCUGGACUCCCUGUCACUGACCAAGCAUGCUACGCCCGCUCAGCUCUUCAGCGCCCCCUGUGGAUCCCUCCUUCACGCUGACCUCCAGACACUAUGGAAACAGCAGGCCUCACUCGCCAUCCUGCCCAGAGAAGAAAAAGCGAAAGGGGAGGUGGAAGAGGGGGAGGAAGAGGAGGGGAGAUCAGAGUCAGUGCAAGAGAGAGAAAUAAUGAGGACAGAGAAGAAGCGAAGGCACUCAUCCAUGAAGGAGAUAACCACUGAGUCCAGACUGCAAACCGCAGAGGCUUCAUCUGUGUCAGAUGUGAUGCUGGACGUGUCCAGAGAAGAUAAAUCAGUCAGUGAUGUCAUCACUCCCAUCAGCAGAUGGUCUGUGCCAGAAGAAGUCCAACUACCAAUGGAGCCCAUAGCAGAAGAAAGGAUUGAGAUGCCCGAGGCUCAGACUGACGCAGACAGCAGGGACAUGCCGAGCUGGAUCACCUCCAGCCUGCAGAGGUUCAGUGAAGUCACCUUUGACUCUUUGCUGCCCCCAGAGGCCAAUCGCUCCACUGCGUCUGAUACGUUCUACAAACUGCUGGAGCUCCUGUCUGCAGGACAGGUGACGGUACAUCAGGCUGAACCCUACAGCUGCAUCACCAUAAGCCCCGCCUGAACACUUCCCACAGCAUCAAACUAAAACCCAGUGGAGCUUCAGCUAAUCUGAACACAUCCUGUUUUUAUUCACACCAUAUGAGGAUAAUAAUCUGUUACCUUUUAUUAAUAGGAAUAGAAAAUGGUCUUUUUUUUAAUCGGCGUUUCGAGUUUUUAUGCAUUAAAAAAAAAUCCAGAGUUAAACAUUGAAGUGUACUUAAACAAAAUUGUACUCAGUAUUUUUAAGAAUAUUUUAAAAAUGUUGUUGCUGUUCAUCUGGUUCAGAUUUGUUUACAUGGUUUUAUUUUAAGGAUACAAAGUGUCGGGUUUGGCCUGAGUUGUGUUAUUAUAGUUUCUAUUUUCUGUGGAUUUUUAUCCUUUUAAAUCAUUUUUAACUCCACUUUUUAUACAGUUUGUAUCUGCAGUAUGAACUUUUAUUCUUUUAAAUAUUUUUAAAUCUUUAAUA